AUGGAUAAUCACCAAAAGAGGAAACAAACUGUUUUUACCAUUGGACUGAUAUUCAUGCUGAGCGGCAUCGAGUACGCCGUCAUUCUGCCUACGAUAUGGAGGUACCUGCAGAUUUUGGAGGCCCCCCCCUACUUCCUGGGUCUGGGUCUGUCGGCCUUCAGUCUGAGCGGGCUGCUCACAGGCCCGCUCUUCGGGUUCUGGUCAGAUCGGUGGAAAACGACAAAGUCCAUCAUCCUUUUUUCCAAUCUUUUUGAGAUUGUCGGUAACCUCAUGUAUUUUAUUGGAUAUUCAAAGUGGCUGUUGUUAUGCAGUCGGCUUGUGGCAGGUGUCGGAGCAGGAGCGGGAUCCUCCAUCUUUGGUUUCCUGACUCAGAGCACUCGGCCAGAGGAGCGUGCCGGUAUCUUUGCUGCAAUCAUGGCCUGUCGACAAGUUGGCCUCCUUGUCGGGCCGGCGUUCAACCUGUUCCUGCGGCUGUGUGAUUUCAAACUGGGGCCCUUUGUUGUGAACAAGUAUACGUCUCCUGGGAUCUUCAUGUGUCUGCUGUGGGUGCUGCUCCAGUGUGUUGUCCUGGCUAUGUAUUGGGAUUUACCGCCCAUCACCUCAGAAGAUGAAGCCGUGAUCCUGGAGAUGAAACAGGAGGAAGAUGAUGAUGAGGAGGUGCCGCUAAUGCAGUCCAACGAGGAGCUGUCGCACACCUACAGAGCCGUCAGCUCCCACCAGCCGGAGUCCUCCGCCUUGUCAGAUACGCAGCCCGACCACGAGGCCACGGCGGCGUCGAACCCCUUCAGAAACUUCAGCGCCAGCAGAGAGUUCCUGAGAGAGGAGGUGGUCGUGCUCCUCACGGCUCAGUUCAUCACUCUCUUCAAUCAGACAGCGCUGGAGACCAUGGUGACUCCCCUGACGCAGCGUUACUUCAGCUUCGGCGAGCUGAGCAACAGCCUGAUGUACAGCCUGUGCGGGGUGGAGGUCAUCCUGGGCUUCUUCUUCGUGCGCUGGCUGAGCUCGAAGGUGGCGGACCGCGUCGUGCUGGCCGCGGGACUGGUCAUCUGCUGCACCGCCUGUAUCUGGUCCCUCGUCUUCCUCUGCGACCCUCGAGGUGGUUAUGGAUGGGAGCUGACGACCUUCAUCAUCGCAGUGUUUCUGCAGCUGCUGGGCCUUCCCUUUGUGGCCGUGUCUCAGGUGUCUCUGUUCUCCAAAGUCACCGAUGAGAAAACACAGGGAUUCAGCCAAGGAGUCAGACGCUCAGUCGGGGGCCUGGCCACCAUCCUGGGUCCUUUGUGGGCUGGAGGACUGACCGAUAAUUUGUACAUAAUGCUGGGCAUGAUGUUAGCUCUCCUCAUUCUGAUCACAGUUAUGGCGGCGCUGUCCUACGAGCGCCUGACCGAGCCCAGGGCGGUGCAGUGCGCCCAGAGCUCUGACAGCGGAGGGUAG